UAACUUGACCGCGGGUUCUGCUGUUGAGUUGGCAGUUCGGCUGCAGAGAUGCUUCCCGCAGCGAUCGCCGUGUUCCUGACUUUAUUCUCGGUGACGGAGAGCAAACAGAAAGACCUGUACACCUUCAAGGUGGUGAACAGCAGGGGGAAGCUGGUGUCGCUGGAGAAGUACCGGGGGUCGGUGUCCCUGGUGGUGAACGUGGCCAGCGAAUGCGGCUACACCGAGGACCAUUACACGGACCUGCAGCGGCUCCAGCGGGACUUCGGCCCGUACCACUUCAACGUCCUGGCCUUCCCCUGCAACCAGUUCGGGCAGCAGGAGCCCGGCAGUGACAAGGAGAUCGACAGCUUCGUCCGCAGAGUCUACGGAGUCUCCUUCCCGCUGUUCAGCAAGAUCGCGGUGGUGGGAACGGGAGCCAACAACGUCUACAAGUACCUCGUUGAGGUGUCUGGGAAGGAGCCCGACUGGAACUUCUGGAAGUAUCUGGUGGACGUGAGCGGCCGCGUGGUGGAGGCCUGGGGUCCUCAGGUGUCCGUCAAAGAGAUCCGACCCAGAAUAGCGGAGCUGGUACGGCAGAUCAUCCUAAAGAAGAAGGAGGAGCUUUAGCGCCUCCCCGCGCCGGUUCUGCGUGCGACCCGACUCGCUGGAGGCACUGAUUAAACGCUGCUGUGUCCACUAGGGUCCGGGUGUUUGAUGCCAGCUUGUGUACGAGGAAGCGCUGCAGCAGCAGUUUUACACCAAAGAGAUUCUGUCAAGUGUGUUUAAGUCUGUUUUUGGAAUAAAGGUUUACUGUGAUCA